AUGGGCGGUGGUGGUCAAGUAGAUGUAGAAGUUGCAUCGAAUGCAAACGUAGCAUUAUACACUCUAUUCUCAGUCGGAGGUCUCAUCGCAGGAGGAAUUGUAAAUAUCAUUGGGCCAAGAAUAGCGAUGGCUAUAGGCGCUAGUACUUAUGCAUUAUAUGCCGGUUCUUUAUUGAGUUAUAAUCAUAAUCAAAACAGAGGAUUUGUUAUUUCUGCUGGAGCAAUACUUGGAUUUGGCGCAGCAUUGGUAUGGACCGGUCAAGGUGCAAUCUUAACUUCAUAUCCUUCAGAACGGAAUAAAGGAAAAUAUAUUGGAAUUUUCUGGGCAAUAUUCAAUACGGGAGCUGUUCUAGGUUCCAUCCUUCCACUCGCUCUAAACUGGCAUUCGACAGCUGGAUCAGUCAAUGACGGGACUUAUAUUGGAUUCCUUAUUUUGAUGAUUUUUGGAUCACUUUCAGCUCUUGCACUUCUUCCACCAAGCCGAGUAUUCCAUACGGAUGGACAUCCAGUACAAGUUCAAAAGUUCCCAACAUGGAAAACUGAAAGCGCUGAAAUAAUUAAAUUGUUCUUGGAUUGGAAGAUGAUUGCUUUAUCGCCGAUGUUUUUGGCUAGUAAUUGGUUUUAUGCUUACCAGUUCAACGACGUAAAUGCUGCCUACUUCAAUGUGCGAACACGUGCUUUCAACAAUCUAUGGUACUGGUUCUUUCAAAUUCUUGGCGCCACGGGGUUUGGAAUAUUUCUGGAUGCCGCAUUUCUAACGCGUCCCAAGCGAGCUCUUUACGGACUUGUCAUACUGUUUGCAUCCAUUAUGGUGACUUGGGCAGGAGGUCUUGCAUUUCAAUUAAAAUAUACAAGGAACGAUAAUAAAGAAGAUAAGGACAAGAGAGAUCUUUUUGAGUCUGGAUAUGUUGGCGAGUUGAUUUUAUAUUUGUCAUAUGGAUUGAACGAUGCGAUGUAUCAGUGUUAUGCAUAUUGGAUAAUGGGUGCAUUAACUAAUGAUCCGAGUAAAUUGUCGCGAUAUAAUGGUUUCUAUAAAGCAGUACAAUCGGCGGGUGCGGCAAUAUCAUGGCGAAUUGACGCUGUAGGGGCAUCAUUCAUCUCACAACUACUUGUAUGUUGGGCGUUACUCAUUGUAUCUAUACCUGGUAUGUUUGCUGUUGCUAGAAAAGUCCGAGACACGUGUUAUGAUUCGGAAGGGAUUGAUAACGAGGUAGUGACCGCUCGAACAGAGGAGAAAGAGUGA